GAGCUUUUUAGGGUGAGAAGGGAGUACACUAGACACUGGGCUGGCCUGGGUGUCUCAUUUUGACUCUUAAAAGGCUUAAUUAGAUCUCCACCCAGUUUCAUGGAGCUAUUGGCAAUGCUGGGCUUAGAGAGCUGGAAUCUAGGCAGUUAUAUUUCCUAUAUACUUCCUUUCCUCUUCUUUUUCCUCCUCCUAUUCCUCUUGCUAGUUGUGAGGCUGGAUGGAUUGGGAUCAAACAUCUGGACUCUCCAGAGUUGUCCUAUAGACUUAACUGGGAAGACUGCUGUGGUCACUGGAGCCAACUCAGGGAUAGGGAAGGCUGUAUCCUGUGAGCUGGCCCGACGUGGGGCUCGUGUAGUUCUUGCCUGCCGGAAUCUGAUCCAGGGGCAAAAGGCUCUGUCAGACAUCCAGAAAGCCACUGGGAGUAAGGAACUGCUGCUUCGAGAAGUAGACCUCAGUUCUCUGGCCUCCAUCCACAAUUUUUCCCAGAAGCUUCUUCAAGAGGAACCUCGUAUCCACCUGCUGGUCAACAAUGCUGGGUCCACUGGGCUGCCCCCAAGGAAACUUACCUCAGAUGGCCUAGAGUUGACUUUUAUGACCAACUACCUUGGGCACUUUUUUCUCACAAACUUGUUGCUGAAGUGCUUGCACCGGGCAGGCUCAGCCAGAGUGGUGAAUGUGACCUCUUUUCGACAGCAGCAUGGGUUUGUGGAUGAACAGCACCUGGUAGGGGCUGGGGACCCCUUUACUAAAAGCAUGGCAUAUGACUGUUCCAAACUCAUGUUGAUAUCCUUCACUGUGGAACUUGCUCGGAGACUUCAAGGGACAGGUGUGACAGCGAAUUCAGUGGAACCAGGGGUUGUAAAGACAAGCAUUAUGAGGAAUUAUCCCUGGCAGUUUCGCGCCAUCUUCUGGCUCUUGUCUAUCUUCAUUAGGACCCCUAAACAGGGGGCUGUUCCUGUCCUGUACCUGUGUUUAGCAGAAGAACUGGAUGGCAUUUCAGGAAAAUUUUUUAAUUCCAAAUGUAAGCUGGCAUUGCCUGCUAAGUCUGCCCAGGACUCUCAAGUGACUCACAGCCUCUGGAAUACCUCAGCCAGACUAACCAAUCUAGAGAAAUGGACCAAGAAAGAAUGACUCUUCAAAGAUCAAAUGAUUCCUGCCUCCCAUCAUUCUCAUUCUCACUAUAGUGACCUGAUGUGACUUGUGCCUCAUCACUGAACUACUCAGAAGACUUUUGAACUUGUUUUUUCUAUAUAAUAGGAUCAUUGUAUGCAUUGUUCUCCUGGUUCUGCUCACUUCACUCUCUGCAUCAGUUCAUAAAUAUCUGACCAGUUUCCUCUAAAAUUGUCCAUUUCUUGUUACAAAGAGUAUACUGUCAUUCCAAAACUAAUACAGAAAACCAAAUUUCCCUAAAAAUCUUAUACUAAUCUAGCAUACUUGCAAAGAGGAAAUUCCAACAAACUUAAUGUAGCUUAUGCUUUUACAAAAACAAUAAUCUGUCUAUCUAAUUAUGCAUAAAAUUAUUCCAAAACUUGUAAAAAAAAAACUUAUGCAAAGUGCAUCUAAAAAUCUUGUUUGAACAAUUCAAAGCAAAACUUUUCUCUAUGAUAAACCUUAUCCUAGUACAGAAAACAAAACAUUACAGAUAACUAAAAACUGAGUUUGCUAUCUUCAAAAUCUGUUUUAAAAAUAAUAUUAUAAAUAUUCACAUAGCUAAUUUACAUAAAUCUGUACAUAUUUACAUCUAUGCACAAAUGAAUUCCUGUACAAAUCUACAAAUAUAUACAGAUCUAAUAAAAAUGUAACUCUUGCAAAAAAAUUAAAAAAAUAAAAUUGUCCAUUUCAUCCUUCCUUUUGACAGAUUACUAUUUCAACACAUUCAUAUACCACAAUUUGUUUAAUGAUAAAGAUAAAAUAGAUUUUCCCCUAUAUUCCAUUGAUUUUAUUUUGCAAUACUACCUACAUUUUGGGCAACUUUCCAAAUUAUGUUCUUUAUCUUUAAACUGAGUUCAGAAGUUCAUAGUUCAGAAGUUUCAUGGUCUUCCCAUUUGAAUGAGUUUAGAUGUUCAGCUUUCAAAGAAAAACAAGAACAUUUAAUUUUUUUUAAGACCGACUUUCCUAUAAAUCACCUGAAUUUGAAGAAACCUAUUAUCUUUGUUCCACCAGCUGCAUUUAUAGGAGAGAAGUACUAUUAUUUCUAAUUGCUCUUUUUUGAAAUCUGGUUUGUUAUCCAUGUACCCUUCAUUAUUCUUAAAGAAUACAGGUAGACUUUAAUAAAUCAGAAUGGAAGGAGGGGUUAUUACUAGUCCUGCAUUCCCAAUUUCCAGCCAAUUAUAUUGCCCAUCAAUCACCAAUCAUAUUGUUUUACUUAUCUAUGACACAGCUUUCUUUUCUGGGAUGCUCCUCCUUUUGUCUAUAAGAGUGCCAUCCCUCUCAUUUGGGUCUUAGCUAACUGAAGAGGCUGAGAUCCUGCUUAGUGGAAAAUUUGUGCUUUGUCAAGAUUUGUCAAUAAAUUGAUGAUGCUUUA